AUGGAGCACACCGCCAAGGGUGAUAGCAAGAAGAUCUUGAAGAGCUGCACGCUGCCCUUGACUGGGCCCAAGGCCAAGGGCGAAUUGGUCCUGACGGAGAUCUUUCCAGGGGUGACUGUCGACGAGAUACGCGCCAAGACCGACGCCGAGUUCAGGGAGGCGAAAGGAGGACUAAAAGUGGUCCAAUUGUAA